GAAAGGAACGAGCAUGCAGUCUCUCCUUCAUCCAUGACUGGGACGGACAGUGCAUCUACAGCAUCCACAACAGUGAUUAGUCCCCCCACGCAGACCACAGCUUCAGCUCUAAUUCCUUCAUCCAUUACUAUCAGCACGCAUGUCCCUGUUUCAAGUAACAUUUCUGUUCCUGUUCCAACAACUUCAACACCAGCAAAAAACGUAAACACUUCCACCAUUACACCAUCAAUUCCUCUUGCAUUGCCAAACUUGGCAAAUGUAGACUUGGGGAAAAUAAGUUCUAUACUAAGUAGCUUAACAUCAGUCAUGAAAACUACAGGAGUCAGUCCUGCAGCUAAACCUUCUCCUGGAACACCGACGACACCUACUACUAAUUUAAGUGGAAGCUUGAAGACUCCUGUUCAGGGAGCUCCAAAUCCCUUGGCUAAUAUUCUUUCCAAAGUUGAGAUAACACCUGAAAGUAUCCUCUCAGUAUUAUCUAAAUCACAGGGUCCCACAACACCUUCCAUUCAAGGGUUAUCUUUGUUUCAAAAUGCUACUGAAAACACUGUUGUGUCAAGUGCAACUGUAACGAACAGUAAUUCUACAGCAUCUAUCAACUCUACAGUUUCAGCAAUAAAAGAUAAUGAUUCUUCAUCUGAUACGCCUCCUUAUGCUUCUAAAAACUUUGCUUACUCUCCUGCAACCUCCAGUUCGGAAGUCCCUUCCUCCUCAGUCUUUAAGACAACGGCAGAAACUAGUUCAAAUUUAAAGCAAACUGUUAAUCCUCUUGAGUUUUCAAGUCAGACUGUUCAAUCAACAGAGAAUGCAAUAACCCAGUUACCAGAAUUAUCUAAGCCUAAUGAUGAGGCUCAGCCAUCAAGUCUGGAAAUGAAAAUUCACAACUUUUUGAAGGGGAACCCAGGAUUUAGUGGUUUGGAUCUAAACAUUCCUAUUCUUAGUGGCCUAGGUGCUAAUGCUGUUGCUGAGACACCUGAAUUUAAUCGUGGCCUCCCAAGCUCCUCACUUGAUAAUGUUGAUGGAACACCAGUCCGUGAUGAGAGAAGUGGAACUCCUACUCAAGAUGAAAUCAUGGACAAACCAUCUAGCAACGUUGAUACAUUAUCAUUAAUUUCAAAAAUAAUUAGUCCUGGUUCUUCUACACCCAGUAGUACAAGGUCUCCCCUUUUAAACAAGGAUAGUGACUUCCAAAAACCAGGCAGCAUGCCUACAUAUAGAUCUUUUGGCCUCAGCGGAAAUUCACCUAAUGCAUAUACUGAGACUAUGGACAAAACACCCUCAUUUAUCGAUUCUCCUAUCACUAAGUUUUACCCUGAAACAACAUUUCAAGAGGAUGGAGAUUAUCGUGAUUUUGAUUAUUCUGUUCCCCCACCCACAACUUCUGUCAGUCUUGAAAAUAACCCCACAAAAUCCAAUUUAAAGUCUAAUCAAGGUCUGGGUGCUUCUGAAUAUCCGCCAAACAUUUCUGGUUUUAGUCAAUCCCAGGACUUUGGCAGGCAUUCAUUUCCUUCAUCUAUGCAGGCUUCUUUUAAUCCUGGAGAGGCUAGUGAUCAGUUGUCCCCAUCCUCUGAAAUGUUUGGGAGAUAUAGCUUAAUGGGAGGUGACAUGGAACCUUCUAGAUCUUCACCUUCAAAAGGUGACCUGUUUUUCCCACCUGACAAUAUUAAUCAUAGUUUAUCCUUAUUACAUUCUGGUAUAUCACAAAGUCAGUAUCAAGAAUCUCCUCACUCUCAAACCCAAUCCCUUAAUUUUUCUACAAAAACAAAUGUUCCUGAUUUGCCACAGGGGUUAGGAAAUUGGAAGGAGGAACAACCGUUAUGCUCCACUGUUUCAGUAUCUUCAACAAUAGAAUUUAAAAACAUGCUCAAAAAUGCAUCACGUAGGCCCUCUGAUGAGAACCAUUUCAGCCAAACAAACCCAGACAAUUUAAAUGAAGAGGUUAAGGUGUCUGCACUUGAUAGCACACAAAUUUCUUCUGAAGAACAGCAACAGCAAGAAGAGCAUUUUCAUAUAGAAACUAGAGUUUCAUCAGAUUGUGCUGAUUUACCAGAUAAUAAAGAGGAAAAAGGAGCUCCAAUAGAGACCUUGGGGUAUCAUAAUUCUGGAAACAUUAACUUAUCUGGGGAGCCAAUUAAAACAGUAGAAUCAAUGCGAGUUGGAAACAGAGGCCAUGGGAGAGGGGGAAGUAGAGUGGGGUGGUUUGAAAUUGGUAGCACUGGAAGUUCUUUUGAUGAUCUAUCUGGUGGUUCUGAGCAAACUUCAGUUAGUACUAGCAGUUCCAGAGUUGGAUUUGAAACACCACCAGAAGAGCUUUUACCGAGAUAUUCUGAUGCAUUAAGUGAUUUCAGAGGAAAUAAAAUGCAAUCUUUUGAGCACCGUUUACCACCCCCUCCCAUUGUCGCAUCUAUGGAACGAAGUGGUAAUUUUCCAAAUGAGCAAACUGGUCCCCCUCCUGGUCCACCUCCUAAUUUACCACCUGACCAUGGAAGUCUAUUUCCUAGAGAUCACCCUGUUCCUUCGCAUAUGAACUCAGUUGAACCACCAAAUUCCUUAACACAUGGCUCUCGUUCACGACCCAUGGAUCAUGGCGGAACUCCUUUUCCAAUGCAUCCUCCCCCAGAUCUUGGUGGCAUUCCAUUUUCACCACAGUCUGUAGAUAUUCGCAACCCAUUCUCACAAGAUCACAAUAUCAUUCACCAGGGCUCUAUGAGAGAACAUUUUGGCUUGCUCCCAGUACCCGCCAGAGAUCAUGGAGUUCCUUCUAUUGACCAUAAUGGUCCACCUCUUGGUAGGGUAAAUGAAACAUUGCCCCUUCACUCUAGAGACCCUCAUAGCUCACAUGGUGCCCCACCACCCCCUCUUAUUGCUCACCAUCAUAGAGACAAUACAAACAGAGGUGGCUUUAGACAACCACGUCCAAAUUUCAGACCUAGAGAACCAUAUCACAACUUAAAACGACCACGCCCACCUUUUGGAAGAGGGCCUCAUUUUUUUGCCCCAAAGCGCCCCUUUUAUCCUCCAAGGUACUAACACAAUAGUAUAAUAAUAUAAUUAUAAAAAAAGGUUAUUUGUUAAAAGGCACAAUUUUUUUUUUUAACUUGUCCCAAAUUGCAACUUUAAUUUGGAUGUAAGUUCUGUAUGUUUAAAACAAACUGCAAAUUAAAUUAUUUUAUCAUGUUCCAUCUAAAUGCCGCAAAGUCAAACGGGUUAUAAAUCAAGCACUCUAAGCACGACCAAUUUAACAAUAUGCAAACCCUUUCACUAUCCCUUUAGCCCUUUACACAGGAUUUUGAGAAAUUAAACCUGGCAGUUGUGGUGA